AUGCUUUUAGAAGUAAUUCAAAUCAUCAUUGUAACCUCAAGUUUCAUUAUCAUAUUAUUAAAAUUUAAUAAACAAAGCUCAGAUUAUGACUUUUUAGAUGAAUCUGGCGAUACCUUUGUUGGUACCUCACGUUUCUCGACUCUAAAGAGAGAUGUUUUUAAAUUAGUUUUUAUAUUGCUUCAAACCGGCUUGUACACGUUUCUAUUUUUUUGGGAUUUUAAGAAUGACGAGGAAAGCACCAGAUUGUCACAGGACGCAAUGUUUACAUUUUAUUGGUUUUACUCGACUAUAAUAUCGAUAAUUGCUCUUAAGGCAAGUUCAAGAAAAUUACGAUGGGUUAUCAACAUCAUUCUGACAAUAAUUUUUACUGUAGCUACUAUGUUAUCCCUUUUGCAAAUGAGAAGAAUUUUUUUAAUAGAAUCAAAUGAUGCGGAACACACAAAGAUACAAAUAUCAAUAGCUGUUUGCAAUUUAAUAUUAUCAAUAUUAUUGACAUCCAUAUCUAUUACGACGCCUAGAGGGCCAAAAUUAAUGCAUGGUGAAAGACCAGUUAGUGGAAUUGUUUAUUGUUCAAUAUGGGAUUUCCUAACAUUUUCUAUGAUUUCGCCAUUAAUAAAUAAGGCAUCAAAAGGUCCACUCAAAGAUUCUGAUCUUGAAGAACUUCCAUUUGCUAAUCGAGCCUUGUCACUUUACAACAUGGAUGUUGGUCGUAUAUCCGAAUUUGCUACUUGGUGGAGUACUGGUUGUAUUGAUUCACCAAUUGAGUUGAUUGUUGGACUCUAUUUCUUGUAUAAAUUAUUGGGUGUUUCAUGUUUAUUAGGGUUAUUGGUACUGGUAAUAACAUUACCUAUUAAUCAUUUUACGGCGAAGAGUUAUGCAAAAACUCAAGACAAUCUAAUGAAAACAAGAGAUCGUAGAAUUAAUUUAAUGAAUGAACUUCUUCAAGGGAUAAGAAUGAUCAAAUUUUUAGGCUGGGAUAAAAAAUGGGAGGCUCGUGUUUUAGAUGCACGCGGUGAAGAGCUUGUACAGUUGAAAAAAAAUUUCAUUUACCUGUCAAUUUUUGAUUUGUUAUGGGCAGCAUCGCCAGCUCUUGUGUCGGUUAUUUCAUUUAUUGCAUAUACAAAAAUCAUGGGAAAUGAACUUACAGUCUCUAUAGCAUUUACAUCAAUUUCGUUGUUUAAUGAACUAAGAUUCGCAUUUAAUGUUAUACCUGAAUUUGUUAUGGAAUUAUUUCAAUGCUUAAUUAGCGUCAAUAGAAUUGAGAAAUUCUUAGAAGAAGAUGAGAUAGCCAUUUCAAAUGAAAAUUAUACAAGUAUUGAAAACAAGAUAGCUUUUGAAAAUGCAACUGUUACCUGGAAUAAGAAUAAGGCCACUAAGGAAACCGAAACCAAUGAAAAUGUUGCACCGAUUUUCACAAUCAACGAUUUAAAUAUUGAAUUUCCCAUGAAGGAAUUAAGCAUAAUAUGUGGACCAACUGGUUCAGGAAAGACGUUACUAAUGAUGUCAUUAUUAGGAGAAUCUAAUAUUAUCAAUGGCAAAAUAUUUUGUCCACGUUAUAAGAUGGAGCAAACCGAUACAGGACUCAAUUCAUCUAAUUGGAUUAUCGAAAAUAGUACUGCGUAUGUAGCACAACAAGCCUGGCUUCAAAAUGCAGCAAUUCGUGACAACAUUUUAUUUGGCCUGCCCUACAAUGAGUCUCGUUAUAAGCAAGUCAUUAAGAUAGCAGUUUAUUCAAGAGCUCAGAUUAUCUUUAUAGAUGAUGUUCUUAGUGCUGUAGAUGCUCAUACUGCUAAACAUCUUAUGAACGAAUGUAUAUUAGGACCAUUGAUGAAGGGUCGAACUCGAAUUCUCGUUACACAUCACGUUGGAUUAUGCUUAUCUGGUGCUUCUUAUCUGGUUGCUAUUAAUAACGGAAAAAUUACGGCAUCAAGCAGUAUUUCUGAUCUGAUUAAUACUGGUCAAUUGGCUACUGUUUUGGAGGAAUCGGAUAGCCGAGCAGCAUAUGAUGAUAUUAUUGAAUUGGCAGCAGAAAAUUUUGAUAAAGAAAAUGCAAAUAAAGAUUCAUCGCGUAUAAUUGAAUUAUCAACAGCUUCUUCAACGACAACGACUCUGAUAAAUGCUGAUGCUGGAGAUAAUAAUGAAGAGUCAAUACAGCAUAAUUAUAAACCCAAAGUGUUGGUAGAAGAAGAAAAACGACCUACAGGCGUUGUUAGAUUAAAAAUUUACAAAACUUAUUUUCGUGCAAAUGGGUUCAUCAUAUUUUGGUUGAUAGUAGCUCUUCUCUUUAUUUUUACGAGGGUAUCGCAAGUUUCAGAAAGUGUGUGGUUAAAGAUAUGGUCCAUGUCUUCCACCAAUGAUCAGAAAAUGAAUGUCACUACUAUUUUACCCUUCAUUUCACUGCCUGACUCGAGUUUGAUCGGAGAAAAAACUUUGCAUGUUUAUGAGAAACACAGCGUUGAAUAUUAUUGUGGGAUUUAUGUUUUAAUAACAUUUGCAUCGAUUUUGAUUGGAUUUGCACGUUUUUGCUGGCUGUACUUUGGAUCAUUGAGAGCCUCUAGGAGAUUGUACAGAAUUUUACUUCACCAAAUUAUUCGUGCACCAUUAAGAUUUUUUGAUACUACCCCUGUUGGAAGGAUUCUUAAUAGGUUCAGCAAAGAUUUUGAAACAAUAGAUGACAGGCUUAUAAGUGAUCUAGCUUGGUUUCUAAACAACGUUAUUAUGAUGUUUAGCACUGUAAUUGUAAUAGUCUCCAUUACAAAAGAACUUAUGAUUGCAUCUAUACUUUUCGGAGCUUCAAGAGAUCUUAAACGAAUGGAUUCUGUGAUAAGAUCGCCUUUAUACACACAUUUCACUGAAACCAUAAUUGGCAUAACAACUAUAAGAGCUUUCGGAGUUACAAAACAAUUUAUGGAAGAAAUGUUAUUUAGAAUUGAUAAUAACAAUCGACCAUUUUUUUAUGUAUGGUUGAUCAAUCGUUGGUUAUCUAUUCGAUUCAAUAUUGGAGGUGCAUUUUUUAUAUUUUUGGUUGGUUUAUUUAUAAUAAUAAGUAAAGUUGAUGCCGGAUUGGCUGGAUUGUCGUUGUCAUUUGCGAUGAAUUUUACUGAACAAAUAAUGUGGAGUGUGAGGAAGUAUACUUCAUUGGAAAUGAGUUUGAAUUCGGUGGAAAGAUAUCAUGAAUUCACUGAAAUUCCUCAAGAGGCGCCAGAAAUAAUUGAACCAAGGCCUCCAGCUAGUUGGCCACAUGAUGGAGCUAUUGAUGUACAAAAUCUGGAGGUUAGAUAUGCUCCUGAUUUAGAACCUGUAUUGCAUCAUAUCUCUUUUUAUAUAAAAGGUUGUGAAAAGGUUGGACUUGUUGGAAGAACCGGAUCUGGAAAAUCAACUAUAGCUUUAUCUUUAUUUCGGUUUAUUGAACCAUCAGAUGGGCAAAUUUUAAUUGAUGGAAUUGAUAUAUCAUCAAUUGGUAUUGAAGAUCUAAGAUCUAGAAUCACCAUUAUUCCUCAAGAUCCAAUACUUUUUUCAGAUUAUCAAGAUGAAGAAAUUUAUGAAUCUUUAAGACGUGUUCAUUUAUUACCAUCAUCUGAAUCGAAUCAAGAUUUCACUUUGUCAGGGGAUAAUAUUAAUGUAUUUAAAAAUUUAGAUACUCCUAUUAGUGAAGGAGGAAAAAAUCUUAGUCAAGGGCAAAGACAAUUAUUAUGUUUAGCAAGAGCUUUAUUGAGAAGAUCAAGAAUAAUAUUAAUGGAUGAAGCUACAGCAAGAACGGAAUUUUUGGAUUGUACAAUAUUAUGUAUUGCGCAUCGUUUACGAACUGUUAUUGAUUAUGAUAAGAUAUUAGUUAUUGACCAUGGAAAAGUAAUAGAAUAUGACAGCCCAUCCAAUUUAAUAUUGGAUUCAAAUUCACUUUUUCAUCAAAUGUGUCAAAGUUCUGGUGAAAUUGAUUUAUUAAUGACAUUAUGUUUAAAGAAAGGCAAUAAUUAA